UUCGAAAAGUGUAUUUUGUCUUUUCUUUAAAAAAAAAACACUUUUCGCGACAACAAUGGACGUUCCGGAUCUGUCUUUCUUCAUGGUGCCGCCUCAAGUACCCCAGAGUUCCAUUGACGUUGCAAACACGGCUAUUACAUUGCUAGAUGAUAUUAAUGCUGCAACCACGAUUUCAGCUUCCACCAACCCCGCUGCUACAAGAAAACCCAAGAAAAAGCGCAGCCACACGACCCCAACACGAGACCGUGAGCGUCGUGAGCUCCUUGCGUUGCGUGUAGAGUCCGUAGAGCUCGAAAAACAGCUACAACAGGCUCGAGAUCAUCUUGCAACUGUGCGAAAGAAGCGCCAGGAGGAAAUUGCAUCUCGCAGCAGCAGAAUUGUCAGUACAGUGCCAGCUUGGAGGCACAUUGCAAGACGUCACUUGAGAGCACGACAAGAAGCCGAGAAAGAAAACCGACGGUUGAGAGAACAACUGGCGGAGCAUCUCAAGUGGAGCAAUGCCUUGCAAGUCAAAGUGAGCCAGAGAGGGGGCGGAGAAGACGAGAAUUCGACGCGUGCCGCCGCUACAGCCGCAGCGCUUGGGACUGUGGCGAACCCGUUGUUGUUGGCGGAGGAUGAGGAAGGGAUUACAGAUUUGGAGCUGGAAUUAGAUGAUACAGACCGAGCGGAGCUGGACAUGCUGGCUAGCGGCCUGGAUUUGGCGUUUGCACGGGUGGAUGAUGUCUUCAAGGAGAACGCGGUGAGUGGAGUCCCGCUUGGUGCUGUGUCUGGGAGCAGGACGAUUUUGGAAGGAGAACAGGCCAACGAAAUGUCUACAGUGGAGCUAAGAGAUACGAGAGUGAUCCCUUUUGACUUCAAGCUGGCUAUCGAUGCCACGUGGAACGCGUGGGUGUUGUGGCAUCUCGGAGGAAGCUGUCGGAAGAGCGUGUCGGCGCAUCGGAGCUGCUCGUAUCCUGACGUAUCGAGGCCGGAGCAUACGUUUGCAGUCAAAUUCCGUCUGCAGACGCCAGCGUCGAAACUUCCACCUAGCACUGACCCGAUGUUUCUAGAUCUGAAGCUUGUAUUGAGGAGAUACGUGGAGCAGAAUCGCUUGGUUCUGAUAUGGCGAGGACUCUCGGCGGGUGAAAAUGACCUUGACGGUUUGUUUACAGACGAAACAGGGUGGGUCGUUAUCGAACGAAUGGCUCCCUUUCAACGGUCUUUAGAGGGUGGAGGUGACACAGUCACUGCAGCAGCCAGGACUUCCAUGAGGUCGUGUGUACGUAUGACGCCGAAACGUGCAGCAGAUUGCGAAGCGACCUCAGUACAAGGACGUAUCUUGACGAAUCUGGUUGUAAAUUCUUACGAAGAAGACGUGAGUUUCAUUUACCGAGAGAUGGAAGCGCAACUAUUGCGAUUGACACGACAUGCAUGA